AUGGCGCAGGCGCUCGCGAACAUGCUCCCGGGCGCGGACACGUACUACGCGCAACAACGACCGGAGCAGCAGCACUUGACGUUGGGAAGGUUCGGCGGGAGCGACUCCGCGGGGUUCGCGGCGUGGCUGUCGGAGUCCCUCGCCGGGCAGAUCUCGAUGCUGCCGCAGUUCACCGGCAUGCAGGUGCAGCUCAGCGACGAGGCGAGGCCGUUUCCGAACCUCCCCGUCGCGCUGACGGGGACGGGCGGCGGCGGCCUCGGCAACGGUCUGGGCUCCGGCGGGCUGAGCCUCGGGAACGGAUCCGGGUUGGGCGGCGGGUUCGGCUCCGUCGGCGGCGGGUUCGACGCCCCGAUCGGUGCGCCGAGCCGGUCGGGGCCGAUCGGCGGCGGGGUGGCGCCCAUCGGCGGGUCCCUCGCGCCCAUCGGCGCGGGGCCCAUCUCUUCCGCGCCGAUCGGCGCCCCGAUCGGGUCGUCGCUCGUGUCCACGCCGGUCCCGGUGCCGGCUCCCGCGGUGUCCGUCGCGAAGGAGACGCCGGUCGCGGUGAACAGCGCGCCGAGCAACCCGCCGACGUACGCGAGCGCCAUGGCGAGCGGGUUGGCGGCGGCGAAGGCGGCGGGGUCGUACGCCGCCGCGGGCGCGGCGGCGGCGAAGCCGUCCGCGCCCUCCCCGGCUGCCGCGGCGGCGAGCGCGUCCCCGGAGGCGCUUCUGUCGAUGCUGCAGUCCUCCACCGCGGGCGCGGAGGGCGUCGGCGUGCUCGGGACGUCCACGUCAGCGAGCACCGGGUACGUGCUGCGGCCGCAAGAGUCCGCCGCGUGGUCGUCGAGGUUGGCGCCGCUGGUGACGAACCUCGAGAGGCGCGCGGUUCGAGGUUGUGCAAGACUCGAAAUCGCCGCCGCCAUCGAGGCGAGCGCCAACACCGGCGCGCAAGUGCGGUGGACCAGAACGUCGUCGGCGCCCCCGGGCACAACAACACCGGAUGGUGUGCCGCGGGCGGCGGCGGCGGCGUGCGCCGGCCCGGGGACUGGACGUGCCCCGGGUGCCACGCGCACAAUUUCGCGUCGAGGAGCGUGUGUUUCAAGUGCAAGAACGCGAAAGCUGGCGGGUCCGGGGGUGGGGGCAAGGCGCCCGAGCCCGCGGGAGGCCCGAGCGCGGGAAACUUCCGCCCCGGGGAUUGGAUCUGCACCGGGUGCCGCGCGCACAACUUCGCCUCGAGGAGCGCGUGUUUCAAGUGCAAGCAACGCAAAGCCGGCGGCUCAGGCGGCGCCGCGCCGGAGAACUUUCGGUCGGGCGACUGGAUGUGCAACAACUGCCGCGCGCACAACUUCGCGUCUCGCGCCGCGUGCUUCAAGUGCAGCUCGAAGCCGUCUUAAACCCCGACCCGCCGCGGAGGUUUCCGCGGAGCCGAGCGCGAACGCCGUCUCGCGAAGGGACGUCGAUCGCGACGAGAAACGACUAUGA